AUGGAGGAGCGGUGAUGUUCGUGUAUCCGUCAGAGGAAUGCCCAAAAAGAUAAGAUUUAUUGUGGUCAGGUCUUCUGGUCACGAGGACAACUUCAGUGCCAAGGAGCUGAUGGUCCAUGCACCCACUGUCAAUGGCUGGAGAUCCACAAGGCUCUGCUCCUACCCCCAGCAAAUCACUCUCCAGCUGGUGGAGCGAAGUUGGGUGAGAAAGCUCCAGCUGCUGGCCCAUCAGUACCUGAUCCCAGCAAAGGUGGAGUUUCACAUUGGGGACACACUCCCAGAGGCCCACUUGCCUGGAGCCCAUGGACACCUCCAUAGACUGGGGUAUGUGUCUCUGUCAGACAAUGAAAAGACAGGCUUUAAAGCCAGGGAGCUGAAAUCCAUCCAUGUAGAUGCCAUUGGAACAUACUUGAGAAUAACAUUCCACAGAAACUAUGUCAACCACUACAACCCCUAUAAUCAGGUUGCUUUGGUUGCCUUUAAUGUUCUAGGGGAUUCUUUGGAUGGCAGUGCUUUUAACACAACCCCUAGCAGAGAGCAGCUGAUCGAGCACUACCUCAACAGUACGCAGCUGGAGACAGCCUUGGAUGGGACCUACAUGGGUAAGUCUGAAUCCAUGUCUCCACUGGACGAUCUGGCCUUUGACAUGUACCAGGACCCUGAAGUGGCCAACAUCAUCCGCCUGCUGGACCAGAAGAAAAAGGACAUCGUUCGCCAGGAGAGAUACGAGCUGGCCAAGACUCUCAAACAGGCCAUUGCUGACCUGCAGAAGGUGGGCGAGCGUUUGGGUCGCUAUGAGGUGGAGAAACGGUGUGCCAUAGAGAUUGAAGACUAUGACCUGGCCAAAAGGAAGAAGGAACAAAUGGAGGAGUACAGGAGAACUGUGUACCAGCAGCUGGAGGUCCACAACCUGCUGGACAUGGCCAUGAUCACCAAGGUUGCAGAAUCAUCCCCAGUACAGGAACCUCCCUCACUAUUUAGAUCCCCUAGUCAUCAGCCAGACCCCACCAAGGCCCAUGUUUCCACAGACACCUUUAGAAAGGGGAGGAAAUCUCACCCACCUCAGGAUCAAGAGUCUGAGCAGGUCACCACUGCACCCAGACCUGCCAGCCCCUCGCAGAGCCAGCCUGCCAUGAGCUGCGCCCUCCCUGUUUUACCAAGGGGAGAUGUCAUUAAGGUGUCUUAUGAUCAAAGGCCCCUGCCAGCCCUCCAGAGGAAAGACAGAUCAGGGCUGGUUUCCCAGAGCCCGUCUGAAGAGUACCCUCAUUCCCCUGAAACCCAGAAUACUCAGCACAGCCCAGGGAUACCUGAGGGACCAGAACCCCUGAAUGAGAAGGCCCAGAGAGAAGCUAGCCUUGCCAUAGAUGUCUUCGGAGAGCACUUGGUGGCUGGGGCCUAUUCCAAAACCUGGUCCUACAGAGAGGGCGCUCUACUGACUGUUUACAAGAAACUCCUGGAUGCACCACCCAGUGCCCCCAAGGAAGAGCUGAGAAACAUGAUUCGAGCUGCCGUCUUCCUGCUCAAGAAGGCCCUCCUCGAUAAAGUGUCAUCUGUUUUCCAGGCCUCUCUGAAGCUGAUGUGCCUGCUGCUUAGCCAGCUGAUCCCGGGGCUGGGUCUGGGCCGUGGUGAGGUGAGCCAUUGUAUGGAGCAAACCUGGCCAAACCUGCUGGCCAGGACCGGUGACUCAGCCGCUCGUGUGCGGGCAAUGACUACCGCAUUCAUAGAGGAAAUGGCUCUUUUGAAAGAUGUGCGAGCCCUGCAGGUAAUCCCCAGUGAGCUGGUAAAGCCCUUCAAGUCCAACUUUCCUUCACGGCUGGCCCAGAGCCGGACUGGGCUGGUGGAGAAGUUGCUUUUAAAACUGGGCACAGACAACUCCGGCUUUACCCUGAGCAAUAUCAUGAAGUUCUGUACAGGGGCACUGGAGCACAGCACGUCGGAGGUGAGAGAGCUCGCGGUGCGCAUCGUCUUAACCAUGUACCGGCUGCACAGGAGCGCUGUCCUCAGUUAUCUCCCAGCCAAUGGUGUGUCCACACGGAAGAACGUCCUCUACAAAAACCUCUUUGAUGGCUUUGUCCGAAUCGAUGGCAGGCUGAACGAGACCCAGAUUGUCCAGACUGUGAAGCAGGGAGGCGGCCCACGGGGUGGAGAGAAGGAAAAGGAGGAGAUCCGCUCUCUUCAGGAGCAGCUGGCUGCCUUGAAAGCAAUCAGUGAGAAGGUUGAGGGAAACGCCAUAGAACUAAUGGAAAAAGAGGCUCCCAGCCUUGACAAGGACAGCCCCAGGUUUGGAAAAACAGUUGUCAAAAAUGAACCCCAAAACCAGUCACCUGCUACAGCAGAGGACCAACCAUCAGUUGUCGAGGACCACCCAUCAGAGGACCACCCAUCAGUUGUCGGCUAUCUAGACAACCUGUGCAUAUUCUGUGGCAAAAAGGAUGAGACAUUUACAGAGGAUGGAUUAGACCUUCACUACUGGAAGCAUUGUCCUAUGCUACGGCGUUGUGAUGAAUGUAGACAGGUUGUUGAGAUAGCCAGCCUCACAGAGCACCUGUUGGGAGAAUGUGAGAGCAGGGCUCGGUUCAGCCCGUGUCCAUGCUGUUCAGAGGCCGUGCCCACCAAUGAGCUGGCUCACCACACUGAGGGACCAGCGUGCAACCCUCCUGUCUCGGGUAAAGCUUGCAGCCACUGUCCUUUGUGCCACAACAACUUCAUGCCCGGAGAGGAGGCAUGGAAGGCUCACCUCAUGGGCAGAGAGGGCUGUAAACAAAACUCAAGGGGGACUGUGGUGUCCCAGAGAACCCAGCCAAUACAAGGCAAGCCUGUUGGUGGAGCCAGAUUGAAGCAGGCCUGGUCAUUUGGGGCAAGAGGUAGACCCAUGGGCAGAGGUAGUCGUAUCCCAGCCCUGGCACCAAGAGCCAGCCAAACCCUGGCCAGCAGACACAUACCAGGCAAACGGUGAGACCGCCUGUCUCCGCACCCUGGCCCUGAGAGCAACAUACAGUUGACUUCCCUGUAGAAACCCCAACCUCUUAAUUCCAUGGCCAACCUGUAGGCACUGCUUUCAAAUUAUCUUACAUGUCUAAAGGGUGUUGUUGAUACCUACACCAUUCAGCCAAAAUAUUAAAACCACUGGCAGGUAUGUGAUAGCAUUGAUUAGCUUGUUACAGUGGCACCUGUCCAGGGGUGGAAUAUAUUAGGCAGCAAGUGAACAGUCAGUUCUUGAAGUUGAUGUGUUGGAAGCAGGAAAAAUGGACAAUGUGAUGGCAAUACGAGUGGAUCAGAGCAUCUCCAAAACAGCAGGUCUUAUGGGGUGUUCCCGGUACCUCAUAACUACCAAAAGUGGCUCAGGGAAGGACAAUUGGUGAACCGGCAACAGGGUCAUGGGCGCCCAAGGCUCAUUGAUGUGCAUGGGGGGGGGCCUAGUCUGUCUGACCCGAUCCAACAGAAGAGCUACUGUAGCUCAAAUCGCAGAAAAAGUUCAUGCUGGCUAU